UGUGUUGGACUAUAUUCUGUUGUUAUGUUGGGUUCUAAAGGAGUUUUAACGUGUACGGAGUAAGAUGUGUUGGACUAUAUUCUGUUAUGUUGGGUUCUAAAGGAGUACUAACGUGUACGGAGUAAGAUGCUUUGGACUAUAUUCUGUUGUUAUGUUGGUUUCUAAAGGAGUUUUAACGUGUACGGAGGAAGAUGUGUUGGACUAUAUUCUGUUGUCAUGUUAGGUUCUAAAGGAGUUUUAACGUGUACGGAGUAAGAUGUGUUGGACUAUAUUCUGUUAUGUUGGGUUCUAAAGGAGUACUAACGUGUACGGAGUAAGAUGUGUUGGACUAUAUUCUGUUGUUAUGUUGGUUUCUAAAGGAGUUUUAACGUGUACGGAGGAAGAUGUGUUGGACUAUAUUCUGUUGUCAUGUUGGGUUCUAAAGGAGUACUAACGUGUACGGAGUAAGAUGUGUUGGACUAUAUUCUGUUGUCAUGUUGGGUUCUAAAGGAGUUUUAACGUGUACGGAGUAAGAUGUGUUGGACUAUAUUCUGUUGUUAUGUUGGUUUCUAAAGGAGUUUUAACGUGUACGGAGUAAGAUGUGUUGGACUAUAUUCUGUUAUGUUGGGUUCUAAAGGAGUACUAACGUGUACGGAGUAAGAUGUGUUGGACUAUAUUCUGUUAUGUUGGGUUCUAAAGGAGUACUAACGUGUACGGAGUAAGAUGUGUUGGACUAUAUUCUGUUAUGUUGGGUUCUAAAGGAGUUUUAACGUGUACGGAGUAAGAUGUGUUGGACUAUAUUCUGUUAUGUUGGGUUCUAAAGGAGUAUUAACGUGUACGGAGUAAGAUGUGUUGGACUAUAUUCUGUUGUUAUGUUGGGUUCUAAAGGAGUUUUAACGUGUACAGAGUAAGAUGUGUUGGACUAUAUUCUGUUAUGUUGGGUUCUAAAGGAGUUUUAACAUGUACGGAGUAAGAUGUGUUGGACUAUAUUCUGUUAUGUUGGGUUCUAAAGGAGUACUAACGUGUACGGAGUAAGAUGUGUUGGACUAUAUUCUGUUGUUAUGUUGGGUUCUAAAGGAGUUUUAACGUGUACGGAGUAAGAUGUGUUGGACUAUAUUCUGUCAUGUUGGGUUCUAAAGCAGUUUUAACGUGUACGGAGGUGUUGGACUAUAUUCUGUUAUGUUGGGUUCUAAAGGAGUUUUAACGUGUACGGAGUAAGAUGUGUUGGACUAUAUUCUGUUAUGUUGGGUUCUAAAGGAGUACUAACUUGUACGGAGUAAGAUGUGUUGGACUAUAUUCUGUUGUUAUGUUGGGUUCUAAAGGAGUUUUAACGUGUACAGAGUAAGAUGUGUUGGACUAUAUUCUGUUAUGUUGGGUUCUAAAGGAGUACUAACGUGUACGGAGUAAGAUGUGUUGGACUAUAUUCUGUUAUGUUGGGUUCUAAAGGAGUUUUAACGUGUACGGAGUAAGAUGUGUUGGACUAUAUUCUGUUAUGUUGGGUUCUAAAGGAGUACUAACGUGUACGGAGUAAGAUGUGUUGGACUAUAUUCUGUCAUGUUGGGUUCUAAAGGAGUUUUAACGUGUACGGAGUAAGAUGUGUUGGACUAUUAUGGCGUUAUUUUUUAGUCAAAAGUUAUGGAGCGUGUAAGAUGCUCACGAGCACAUUAUGUUAUUUCACACGCGCAAAAAUGAACCUUCAAGCUGGCAUGAUAAAAGUACUCGCGCACAAAUUCAACAACCGAGAGGUGUACAGGUAGCUGCGAGCGAGCGCCUGGCAUACUCUUACUCUGCUUGUACAGUGGAAUCCUGCUCGCGCGCAGCGGCCUUCUGCUCGCGGAGUGCUGUUUUGCUCGCGGGUGCUGUUUUGCUCGCGCAGUGGAUUUCUGCUCGCUCAGCUGAUUUCUGCUCCCUCGAGUGUACAUGACUUUUGACAAUUUGGGGGCGGAAACCAAGGAGGGCACUGACCCCUCUUAUGAUUGGUCACUUUCACACAGGGACAUCCUUGAUUGACAGCUCUCAUUACAGGAAGCACGGAGUCAAAGUAUCUGACGGACUUCAGUCAUUCAGUUAACACUGCACAGUGGACGGAAUGGCGGCGACACCUGAAGAUGUAGGCGACAUAGUCAGACGUGAGAUUACUUCCAGGCUGAUCAUUAAAUUAGAGUCAGCGCUUUCAAGAACGCCUCUUGACUUGGACUUCUUACAAUUUGCAUGUCGGCAGGAGCUGUACCUCUGGGAAGCACUGUCAAGGCAUGUAAAUGUCCCCCCAGAUAUUGUACAGGCCUUAAGAGAUUUCCUCCAUCUGGUCAUGGACCACAUUGAAAAUGCUGAAGUUACCAGCAGUACUGUUGAAACUGUAGCUGGAGAGAUGGGGCGUCCCAGGUACAAUUUAGAGAAGGAGAGACUUGUUGAGCUUUUGGAGAUAAAUCUGUCUGUGGACUGCAUCGCAAAGUUACUGUGCGUUUCAGCCAGUACAGUCAACAGACGGAUGAGGGAGUUUGGUCUCUCUGCCAGACAGAACUACAGCAAUGCUACUGACCAGGAGCUUGAUAAUGCAGUCCAACGCAUCAAAAAUGAAAUGCCCACAGCAGGCUAUAGUAUGGUCAAAGGGAGGCUAAAGUCCAUGGGAAUCCACGUCCAGUGGAGGAGAGUUACUGCAUCAAUGCAUCGAGUGGACUCGCUUGGGAUUCUUUCUAGACUGACUGGACUGGGCUGCAUUGUGCGAAGAACUUACUCUGUCAGGGGGCCCCUUUCACUGUGGCAUGUCGACACUAACCACAAACUUAUCAGGUACAACAUUGUACUUUUUGGUGCAGUGGACGGCUACUCCAGGAAGGUGAUGUGCUUGAAUGCUGCAACAAACAAUCGUGCAUCAACCGCAUUCACUGCCUUCAAAAAAGCUACUGAGAGGCAUGGAAUAUCCUCAAGGGUGAGAGGUGAUCAGGGAGUGGAGAAUGUCGAAAUAGCCCGAUUUAUGUUCACUGUCCGUGGAACUGAUCGAGGAAACUUCAUGUCAGGAAAAAGCGUCCAUAAUCAAAGGAUUGAACGUUUGUGGCGGGAUGUCAGAACAUGUGUGAUAUCAAAAUAUUACAACGCACUCCACAGCCUAGAGAUGGAUCACCUUCUUGAUGUGUCCUCCAGAGAAGAUCUUUUGACAGUCCACCUGACAUUCCUUCCUAAACUGAAGGCAGACCUGGAGGCUUUUGUGGAAGGAUGGAACAACCACCCACUGAGAACAGAAGGGAAUAAAACUCCUGAGCAGAUUUGGCACUCAGGAAUGAUGCUUCGACCGAUUGACCAGCCAGAGAAUCUUGAGGAUAUUGAAGAGCCGGACAUUGACUGGGAUGUUGCAGCUGACUAUGGAGAAGAUGUGGAUGGUGUGAUAGAACAGCAGCUAGUAGAGCUUCAGCUGCUGAUUGAAGAAAAUAGAGACACUGACACUAGAGACCUUUACCUCCUAUGUCAUGAAUAUGUGCUUCAGGCUUUGUCAGGUGUUUAAUGUUUGUUUUUGUGAUCAGAAAGUGAUGUAAAUAAAAUAUAAAA